GGACGCUCCCCUUCGCACGUCGUGUCUCAAGGGAAACUCCCUGAUUGUUACUUCUAUAAGAUAACCUUUUGUGGGGCGCACACACUUGGCUUAGAUUUCCAAAAGUCAGGACCCCAAAAACUUGACAACCUUUCUCGUGUAGCAAACCUCACGAUGGCCCUUUCAACAUAUCCUCCGUCUCUUUUACCUUAAAUCUUCAUUCCUGCACCGCCAGUUCAACUAAAGAAAGAUGUUAACGUUUUCUUAUGUUGUUACAAGCUUCGCCUCUCGCAAUUUAGCAAUAAUACCUACGUUUACAGCCUAUCUUGCUCUCACGGUCUGCUAUUAUGCUCAUCGUUUCCCGGUGCACUCCUCCUCCUCCUCCUGACCAUGGCCGCCCUUCUUCUCUCCCUCCUCCUCCUCCUUCGCUCCUCUUUCCCUUCCUUCGCACAGCUCACGUUUACCCCUCCUUCCUCUCCGCCUCUCGACUCACCAUCCCAGGUUCGAUUCGAUAAAUCCAUGGCCAUUGUUCUGGUCAUUCUCCUCGUCGUCUUCUUCGCACUGGGCUUCCUCUCCGUCUGCUCUCGUCAAUGUUCGGAGCGACGAUUCCAUGGAGGAACCGACCCCCUUGCUCCUCCUAGCGGGAGCAGCGAGCGCCACCCCCGCGGCCUCGACCCCGAAAUCAUCCGCACCUUCCCUACUCUCGUCUACUCCUCCGUCAAGGGUCUGAAAAUUGGGAGGAGCUCCCUGGAAUGUGCCGUCUGCUUGAACGAGUUUCAGGACCACGAAACUCUGCGUUUCAUUCCCAAGUGCAGUCACGUCUUCCACCCCGGUUGCAUCGACCUCUGGUUGUCCUCUCACUUUACGUGCCCCGUCUGUCGGGCCAACCUCGUUCCCAGACUAGGCGAAGUCUCCUUCGUCGCGGUUCAGAUGCCCGAAUCUCCCGCCGAAUCUGAGCUACAACGACACGCCGGCGAUAUCAUCCAACGUGAUCAACAACUGGUAGAAUCACCCUCCAAGAACAGAGAUAUGGUCAACCACAAUCCUCCUCCGAGGUCGGGAACAGCGAUCUUGUUUCCUCGAUCACACUCGACUGGACAUUCGCUGGUUUCGGCUGGGGAGGAUCGGGAGAGAUUUACUCUGAGAUUACCGGAGGAGGUGAGGAAGGGGCUUCUGCACCCGGCAUUGGAGAGAUUGAGGAGUGAGAGAAGCGGUUACAGGACGAGAAGCGCGGGAAGUGGAGGUGGCCGGGAGCGGUUGGCCGGUUUCGAGCGGUUCAGGAGGGAGGGGCGGCCCGAUCACUGGUCGGGGCUUCAUCCACAGGAAUGCUUCGAGUUCGUGGAGGGAGAGCAGCAGGAGGCACCAUGCAGCCACGGAAAACUUGGAAGAAAGAUCAACGGAUCGGUUAUGUCCAGACCCAAGUGA